AUUGGAUAUAGGACUGACCUUCGUGGAGUUUCAAAAACCGGACUGAUGUCCUCUUUGAAUGUCGAAUACUUGUAGCCGGUUGUUGCUAUCGACUGACCAACUAAAUCUACCAAUAUGCAACCGACAUAUUUAGAACCUUUGGGUUCAGUUAGUUUCUCAAAAUUCAAGACCGAUAUAUCGUUGAGGAAUACAACGCAAAUCGUCUUCAGUUCAUCUUCAGCAACUGUAUGUCUAUACGAUAUACACAAACUUGAAUGUUUUCGUGACAGUCCAAAUUGGUCACAUCAAUUUACAUGGAUACCUAUUUUAGAUUUAAAAUAUUUAUUGGAUAAUGUAUCAGACUCUCCUGAUGAUUUGUACAAUUGGCAUAUUAGUAAAGUUAUGUUUGUAAAUACUUCAACUACGGCAAGGCAAUCUCUAGCAGCAGUUCUUGUAAAUAUCAACCAGAAUCGUUCACUUGUCUGUUUUUUUCGCUCAUUGAGUACAGCAAAAUGUAACAUAACUAUUUUAGUAAAUGGAGCACUAACCUCACUGGAGUGGUUGCCUCUUAUCGAUAUAGGAUGUAGGCCAUCGGAAUCGCACUCAAUGAACUCUACUAUGGAUAUUACGGAUCAAGAUAUUUCCAAAGGAACAAACAAAACUUUAAGCUCCGUUUUAUCAAUUUUUGAUGGUUGUUUCGCUCUCGGUUUUCAGCAAGGGCUUGUAGGUUUACUGGAUAUGUGUCUAACACAUACUCGUGAUGAUUUAUUAAAUGAUAUACCUGAGACAUCAAUUGCAGUUGAAAGAUCACAUUGUUUAAAUUGUUUUUCUUGUAAACAACCAAUAUCUCAACCAUCUAAUGAUAAUAUAGAACACUCACUAGUAUAUCUUGACGCCUCAGUUCUUCGAUGGAAUGAUUUUACAUAUAAAUCUGUCAGUGGUAAAACAUUAUCUUCAAUCCCAUCUGCUGGUGUCUACGUGUCAGCCUUAAGUUAUAUUCCACAACUUCAAGGUCUUGCUGUCGGCUUCAGUUUUGGUGGUUGGCAAUUAUGGUCAUUAGAUCGACUGAAUAUGGAAUUUUGUUUGCGACAAGCUACUCCAGCUACUCCUGUGGUUAGUUUCAACUUUCUAGAACCUUCGGAUGAUCCACGAUUUUGUUGUUUUAUUUGGGUUGGUUGGCAAUCAAAACAAGAAACUGAAAGUGAUGGUGUGUUUAGAUUUACUGGGAAACAGGAUUCCGCAGGAAACUUCCAAAGUCCAACAGUAAAAUUAUUCCAGUUAUCCUAUAGACGUCGUUAUGAAUUAUUUUCAAAUAAACAUAAAGAAUUCAAUUUCUAUUACCAGGACUUAAUUGGUAUUGCAGAACGUUUAUCUACAACAUUAUCUGGGGAUAAAAUUGACGAUAGUAAACCUCAAUACACAUCUAGAUUACUUUCUGUUCAAUCACUUCAUGCACCGGGUGAUUUCAUUAUGGAUAAUAAUAAUUAUCAUCAUCCCAAUAAUAAUAAUAAUCCUGUCAUCAGUCAUUCUAUAGGAAUGAUACGUUUAAUUGCUUUCAUAUGGAGGUUUUCCGAAUCUGUCAUUCGUAUUGGUCUGUUUGAUUUGGAUCGAUGGUAUCAUGCACAAAUGCCAACCUAUAUCAGAUCUGAUGACACGUUUGUUUCUAUUUUUGAUGCAUUAAUUCCAAAUCAAAAAGUACACUUAUUGCACACCUAUUUAAUUGAAUCAAGUUUAAUGUCAUUUUGGAGUCGUAUUGUUAAACGUGAAUCAAAUUUAAUACAAUUUUGUCAAUCUUAUCCUAUAUUAAUAAAUUCAAAUAUAAAUUCUACCAAUAAUCAUCAUCACUAUAAAAGACCACGUCCAAUUCCUGAAAUAUUUCUACGUCCAUCUUCAUUAUCAUUUCAUUGUCUUAUAUUUUGGACUAAUGAUAUAUCUUAUAGUAAUAAUAAUAAUAUAUUAAACUUUUCUAUUACACAACAACAUCGUCAUCAUCGUACUACUACUAAUAAUACUACUAAUACUACUCAUCAGUAUUAUGAUUGUAUCUAUCAUCUUAGUCGAAUUAUGUUUGUAUCAUAUCAAGAAGAAUGUCUUGUAGAAUUGAAUCAAUUUAUAAAGAAAUCAUCAUUAAAUUAUAAAAAAUUUAAUAUUAUUCAAUGGUUAUCUAAUGCAUGGAAAUAUGGUCUACUUGAAUCACCAGGUUUAGAUCAAUUUGAUGAUGAAGAAGAAUUUAUGAACUUAUUAAAUUUUACACAAAAUACUACUUUAAUAAAGAAUAAAUAUACUACUGAUAAUACUACUACUAUUAAUGAUUAUGGUAUUCAUUUAACACUUGGUGAUUAUUAUGAUCAAUCAAUUAUUGAUAGUUUAAAUAAAUUAUUAUAUAAUUUAACAACAGAACAAUUCAAUAGUAAUACUAUUGUGGAUGAUGAUCAUGAUCAUAAUGAUGAUGAUUGUAUUUCAUCAAAACGUCAUUGUAAAUAUCGUCGAAUUGAUCAAUCAGUCAAUUCAUUAUAUAGUAAAGGAAUAAAAACACUUAAAAAGAAAUAUCAAUAUUCUUUAGAUCCUUGCUGGGUAUUAUUAGCUAAUUGUCUUUUAGAACAUGGUUGUAUUAAUGUAUUAAAGAAUUUGGAAAAUUUAUCUCCACUUGGACAAGAUUCUCCAAUCAAUCUAAAUUUCAAAUAUAGUUGGAUAUGGCUACGAUUUUGUAGAUUGAAAUCUCGUUUCGACAAAUUGACAAGUGUACUAUUUAUGCCAAAGUCAUCAAAUGAAGUGGAAUCAGUUUUAUCGAAUUCAACAGAUCAUGGUCAUUCAAGAAUACCCGAUCUUUUAGAGUUGGGCUGUACGAUUAAUCAAAUUCAACUAUUGGCAACAUUGGCAAAACAUUGGUUCAUUGGGAAAAAUAACAAUUCCAUUAAUAAUAGUCCUAGACGAUUUCAUUUAUCAACUAAAUUAUCGUUAACUUCAAGACAACAUCCUAUAGAAUUCAGUAUUAAAACAUAUUUAUCCUAUGCAAAACUUGUAGUGUUUCUAUUUCGUUUAGGUUUAUUACCACAAGCAAAUGAAAGAUUCAAUGACAAUAAAUUCUUUACAGAUUCAUCUUAUCGAAUCAAUAGUACAGUUCUCUUACCGUACAAUUCAUCAAUGCUAACUCAAACAAUUUCUGAAUUACGAUGUACACGGCACCAUCCUGUUGAUUUUGAUAUGAAUAAUAAUAAUAAUAAUGACUGUAACAUUAAUCGAUUAACAUCUAUUAGUGACCAUAUUCUUUAUUCUUCACUUCAAGCACCAUCAAAGCAUCUCAAUAAUAGUAAUCAUACAUUUGAUAAUUAUUUGACUAAUAAUGAAGUCCAUGAUAUCUGGAAGGAACAAGAACACUUAACAUCGUCGUCAUCAUCAGCUACAUUAAAACCAACAAAUUCUAAUCGAAAUCAAUCUUCAUUAGAUAAUAAUGAAUUACCAAAUUGGUUAAAUUAUCCACCGAAAAAUUUACAAUCAUUAUGUGCUUUAUGGCAAUUACCAUAUAAUCGACAAAUUAAAAAAUCACGAUUAAUUAUACUUGGAUUUAUAUUAUGUGAUUCAGCAGCUGAAACAUUAUUUCAUCAAUCAAAUUAUGAUGAACAUUAUAACGGUCCUAUCGAUGAAGAUAAUACUGAUGUUAAUAAUAAUAGUAAUAAUAAUGUUAGGAGCAAUGAGAAGACUCAAACUACUCAAAUAAUUGAUAAUAUCAAAUCUACAAAUUCCAGUAGUUUACGUGCAUUACAACUGUGUCGUUAUGUAAUGUCUUUAUUUAUCAAAGAAUUCCCUUCAGUUUAUUCUCUUAUCCCUACAAUUAUAUCACUUUGGCUUAUGGAUCGAGGUUAUUUUCAAGAGUCCAUAUCCUCUGAUAUCAUAUCUUUCAUUAUGAACUCUACUGAAAUACAGUCAUCAAUACCAUCAUACUAUCAAAUCCAUAACGAUCUUUUUCCAAAUCAAACUAAUUUAAUCAUACAUUUAUUCAAGAAAUACGGUCAAGGAGAUUUAAUUCAUGACUUACUGAAACAUUUAACCAAUUAUAAUAAUAACAAUUCUUCAUCAUUGGAUUACAAUCCAAACAACUUGAAAGUACAACUGUCGUUUCAACAGUUAUUCAAUAAGAUUACUACUAAUUCUACCAUUGUGAAUAAUAAUAGUGAUCAUAAAUUAAACAUGAAACCUAUUGGUGCUCCAUAUUUGGCUUUGUCAAAAUUACGUAAUUUAAUUCAUAAAAUGAAUCGUUUACACAACCAAACACCUUUACCAACAAAAGUAUUGAAUUCCGUUGACAAAUUAGCUCGUAAUUCUUUAAUUCAAUUAGCUGAAAUAUGUAGACAAGCUGGUCGUUUAAGUGAUUUGAUUAGUUUAGGUUUAAAUAGUUGGGAAGCAAAAGUAUUAUUUGAAUAUUAUGAGAAAACUGGACAACAGAAUUUAUUAUUUCAUUGUUUAAUUGCACGUUCACAAUAUCAGACUGCUCUGGAAAUAUUUAAUAAUUACCAUGGUGUUUUACCAUAUAAAACUAGAUUGUUACAUGGUAAUACAACUAAUUCUAUUGUUGAUCAUGAUGAACAUGUUCAACGAUUACAACAACUUGAUUUAAUGAUACAAUUAAUGAAUUCAUGUCUUCCAUUAUUAAAUACAAAUAAUGAAUUCAAUAAAAAAUCUAUUCCAUCUAAUUAUUAUAAUCAAAUGGAUCAUUAUAAAGCAUUAGCAAAUGAAUAUGUGAAUAUGGAUGAUAUUCAAACGAAUUCUGAAUCAUCUUCAUUGAUUCCUCAUAGUGAUGAUCAUCAUAAUAAUAUGGUUGAUAAUAACAUAUUCGAAUCAAUUCAUCAUCGUCAACCAUCAUCAUUAUCAUCAUCAUUCACACAAUCACAAUCAUCAUUACCACAAAUGGAUAAUGGAAAUUUUAUCGCUUAUAAACAAACUACUCCAUUAAUAUAUUCAUUAACUGAUUUAAAGAAAUCGAAUCAAUUAAAAAAACCUACAUCAAAUAGGUAUCAGUUGAAUUCUCGUAUAGGCAAUCCGUAUUCAUAUGACGAUAUGGAUGAUAAUCAUGAUGACGAUGAUCGUCAUCUCAUAGAAGAUGAAAUUAUUAGAAAUAAUCGUAUUAACAAGUCGAAUUCAUGGUUAUUAACUACAAAUAAAAAAAGUCGACAAGAAUUUUGGAAUACGUUCAAAGAAUUACAAGAUCUUCAUGAAAGUUGUGGAUUAAAUUCAAAUAUUUGGUUAAAUGAUAGUCGUUGUCGUAUAAUGGAUUAUACUACUAUUAAUACUACUAAUUCAACAGUGGUAACACCAACACAACCAGUUAAUUUAAAUGAAUCUCGAUUGAAAUUAAAUAAGAAACGUGAAUUCCCUUCGAAAGAUGAUGAUCUUGGCAAGUACUUGUUUAAAUGUAUCUAUACACCACCAUCUUGCGGACGUAAACAAAUUCAUUCAAAUACAAUAACAAAUCGUUCAAUGACAUCUAAUUCAUUAUUCAAUAAUUCAAUAUCAAGUCCAUUUAAUCAAAAACCGAUUUCUAUAUUAAAGACUAAAAUGUGUCUAUCCAAUAAAGAAAUUUCGGUUUCAACAAUGGCUGAUUCUAUGAAAACGACGAUUACAACAACAACAACAGCAGCAGCGACGAUUGUUUCUUCUUCAUCAUCAUUACCUUCAUCUUCAUUAUUCUCCACUUCUUUGAAUCCUGUCGUAUCCUCCUCAUCCUCCACAUCAUCAUCUUCAUCACGUUCGACAUAUACAGCAAAUGUAACAAAUCGUAGUAAUAUAAGAAAUUCAUCACAUCUAAUGAAUGAAAAUAAUUUACUAAGUAAUGAAUUAAAUCUUAUUAAAAAUACUACUGAUCAAGAAAUCAGUAAUAAAAUUUAUGAUAAUAAUGAUGAUGAUUGUAAUAUUGAUGAGGAUGAUGAUGAUUGUGAUGUCACGUUAAAUUUAUCAACUGUUCGUCCAAGUAUUGUGAAUACAGAGAAAUUUCAGCAUAAAUUAUUACAGGAUAAUGUAAAUAAUAAAUGUAAUGAAUUCACUUUCUCCGCUCCUCAUCGUCUCUCUUUAACAUCAUCGAAUACACCAAUCUUUAAUAAAUCUAUCGAAAAGAAUGAAUUUCUCUUUUCAGCACCAUUAAUAAGUAAAACAAUUAAACAUAAUCAAUCCAUAGAUAAUAAUAUUGACAAAGUUUCAGUCUUACCAAUCUCAAUGGAUGAAUCAAAUCAAUCCUCUUCUAAUGCUACUACUACUACUACUAACAAUAAUAAUGAUUUUGAUGAAAGUACUAUAAAUUGUGAUCAAAUGAAUACGGCGAAGACCACAUACUUAAUUGAGGUUGACAAUACAACUUCUCUUACUAAAACUCCAAUUUUCACACCUACAAAAUUACAAAAUCCAACGCUUGUUUUAGAUCGAUUUCAUACUAAAGAAACGACUCAUCCGUUAACUAAUAAUGAUGUUGAUAAUAACGAAGAUGCUACUCCAAAAGUUACAGUAAAGUCACGCAAAACACGUGAUCAACAUCAUCAUAAAAUCUCUACUCAUUCUUCACAACAAACAACAGAAUCUAUGCUUGAUCAUUUAGAUCGUCUUCAUCAAGAACAUAAUCAUCAUUAUCAUCAUCCAUAUCAACCAAUUGAUAUGGAUGAUUUUGAUGAUAAUUCAUCUGUAACAAGUUCUAUGACUGAUUCAUCAGAAACUGUACGUCGAUCAACUAGACGUGUUAGACCACCGAAACGUUAUGAUUCGUCAGCUGUUUAGUAAUCCCUUAAUUCUAUACAUUGUAAUGAUAUACUAUUGAACUGGGUUUUUUUAUGGAGAAUCUUUGUAUAAAAAAAAGUAAGACAAUAUGUUUUUGUGAAGUUUUGUUUUAAUGGUUCAAUGUUGAAGAAGGAAAAAAAUACUGAUUAUUUGUUACCUUAUGUGUUUAUAUGUAAUAAAUAUUCAUUGGAACAUGUAAAUUGGAUAGAAUUGUAUACUGUGCAUUUUGUUGCACAGUGUACUUUUUGUUUGUUUUUAAAUUAAAAUGAAUUUAUUCUUAAGAAAAUUGUUUAAAUGGAUUAG